UAUCUUGGGAAGAAGCCCGCUCUCUGUUCCCAGUGGAUACUCUGGGAAAGAGAGAGACGGAGAGAAAGAGAGAGAAAGAGAGAGAGACCUUGCGAGACGCGAGGACUUCGCUCUUCUCUUCCUCUGAAACUAGAGUCUAAGACGAAGAGAGAGGAUAUCAGAGAAGAUGGUGAUUUUAACGAAGAAGCCGUCUCAUUCCUGGUGGUUUGACAGCCACAACAUCCCCAGAAAUUCUCAAUGGCUUCAAUCCACUCUUUCAGAGUUAGAUGAGAAGACGGAGGCAAUGCUGAAAUUGAUCGAGGAAGACGCAGACUCCUUUGCCCAGCGAGCAGAGAUUUACUACCAGAAGCGCCCGGAGCUAAUAAAAAUGGUUGAAGGUUUCUACCGUGCCCACCGCUCCUUGGCUGAACGGUUUGAUCAGCUCAAGUCGGACAACGGAACCCGUUUAUGUACACAGUUGGGUUCCCCCCUUCGUAGCAUAAACCGGUUGCAGAGUUCCAUGAGCCCUGUGGAGGAAUCCUAUGACAGCUACUCGGAGAGCUUUGAGUCAGAGGAGUCUGAAGUUGAUGAUCCUGAGCCAGAGAAGAAAGGCCAAAUUGGAACUAGAGAAGUAGGAGUUGCAACAGAAGAUAAUGAUAGUGAAGAGAUGAAAGACUUGAGAGGAGAAUUGGAGAGACUUGAGGAAGAGAACAGGAUUCAGAAAGCCCAACUGAUGGAGAAAGAAGAAGAGAUGAAAGUAUUGAGAGGAGAGAUGGAGAGACUUGAGGAAGAGAACAGGAUUCAGAAAGCCCAACUGAUGGAGAAAGAUGAAGAGAUGAAAGUAUUGGGAGGAGAAAUGGCGAGACUUGAGGAAGAGAACAGGAUUCAGAAAGCCCAACUGAUGGGGAAAGAUGAAGAGACGAAAGUAUUGGGAGGAGAAAUGGAGAGACUUGAGGAAGAGAAAAGGAUUCAGAAAGCCCAACUAAUGGAGAAAGAUGAAGAGAUGAAAGUAUUGGGAGGAGAAAUGGAGAGACUUGAGGAAGAGAAAAGGAUUCAGAAAGCCCAACUGAUGGAGAAAGAUGAAGAGAUGAAAGUAUUGGGAGGAGAAAUGGAGAGACUUGAGGAAGAGAACAGGAUUCAGAAAGCCCAACUGAUGGAGAAAGAUGAAGAGAAGAGGGAAGUCAUAAGGCAGCUAAGCUUAGCUUUGGAGUUCUUGAAGGAGGAAAAUGUUGAAUUGAAGAAGCGUUUUGCCAAGGAAGAGGAAUCCAGGAAAAGGGCUCCCUUCGACCUUAACAAACUAAAGGAAGGCUUCAUGGGGAAGCUAUUUAGUGGGUCUUCACCAGUAUUUUGUCGGCAUCGUCGGUUGGAGCCCAAUAUCAAUACCACAUCAAUACAGAUCUGUUACAACCACCUUCUGAUUCCUAAUUUUAUUUGUUAUGGAUUUUCUGUAGAGAAGAUGGUGAUGUUAAUGAAGAAGCCGUCUCAUUCCUGGUGGUUUGACAGUCACAACAGCCCUAAACGUUCUCAAUGGCUUCAAUCCACUCUUUCAGAGCUAGAUGAGAAGACGGAGGCAGCGCUGAAAUUGAUCGAGGAAGACGCAGACUCCUUUGCUCAGCGAGCUGAAAUGUACUACAAGAAGCGGCCGGAGCUAAUAAACAUGGUAGAAGAUUUCUACCGUGCCCACCGUUCCUUGGCUGAGCGGUUUGAUCAGCUCAAGUUGGACAAUGGAACCCGCUUAUGUACACAGUUGGGUUCCCCCCUUCGUAGCAUAAACCGGUUGCAGAGAUCAAUGAGCCCUGUGGAGAAAUCCUAUGACAGCUACUCGGAGACCUUUGAGUCAGAAGAGUCUGAAGUUGGCGAUCCUGAGCCAGAGAAGGAAGGCCAAAUUGGAACCAGAGAAGCAGGAGAGAACAGGAUUCAGAAAGCCCAACUGAUGGAGAAAGAUGAAGAAAUGAACAUAUUGAGAGGAGAAUUGGAGAGACUUGAGGAAGAGAACAUGAUUCAGAAAGCUCAACUGAUGGAGAAAGAUGACAAGAUGAAAGUAUUGGGAGGAGAAUUGGAGAGACUUGAGGAAGAGAACAUGAUUCAGAAAGCUCAACUGAUGGAGAAAGAUGACAAGAUGAAAGUAUUGGGAGGAGAAAUGGAGAGACUGGAGGAAGAGAACAGGAUUCAGAAAGCCCAACUGAUGGAGAAAGAUGAAGAGAUGAAAGUAUUGGAAGGAGAAAUGGAGAGACUUGAGGAACAGAACAGGAUUCAGAAAGCCCAACUGAUGGAGAAAGAUGAAGAGAUAAAAGUAUGGGGAGGAGAAAUGGAGACACUUGAGGAAGAGAACCGGAUUCAGAAAGCCCAACUGAUGGAGAAAGAUGGAGAGAAGAGGGAAGUCAUAAGACAACUAAGCUUAGCUAUGGAGAUGUUGAAGGUGGAAAGUGUUGAUUUGAAGAAGCGUCUUGCCAAGGAAGAGGAAUCCAGGAAAAGGGCUCCCUUCGACCUUAACAAACUAAAUGAUGAGAUAAAACUAUUGAGAGGAGAAAUAGGGAGACUUGAGGAAGAGAACAGGUAUCAGAAAGCGAUUCAGAAAGCCCAACUGAUGGAGAAAGAUGAAGAGAUGAAAGUAUUGGGAGAAGAAAUAGAGAGACUUGAGGAAGAGAACAGGAUUCAGAAAGCCCAACUGAUGGAGAAAGAUGAAGAGAUGAAAGUAUUGAGAGUAGAAAUGGAGAGACUUGAGGAAGAGAGCAGGAUUCAGAAAGCCCAACUGAUGGAGAAAGAUGAAGAGAAGAGGGAAGUCAUAAGGCAGCUAAGCUUAGCUUUGGAGUUCUUGAAGGAGGAAAACGUUGAACUGAAGAAGCGUUUUGCCAAGGAAGAGGAAUCCAGGAAAAGGGCUCCUUUCGACCUUAACAAACUAAAGGAAGGCUUCAUGGGGAAGCUAUUUAGUGGGUCUUCACCGGUAUUUUGUCGCCCUCUCUUUGAGUCCGGAUAAGGUCUUCAUACGAGAUUGAGUAGAUUCCAAGUGUGAAUCAGACACUGAGAACUCGUACUAAGACCUGAUCCAAACUCUCUCAAGAAAGAUAUUAUGUAGUUAGGAAAAUAUAGUAUUUAAACCUAAACUAGUCUUGUAGACAUCUAAAUAGAGAUUUAGUCAGCAAAAUGUAAUAUUUAAACCUAUACUUAGUCUUAUAGCCCUCUCAAGAGAGAUUAUUAUGUAGUUAGCAAAAUUUAAUAUUUAAACCUAUACUAGUUGUAGGCCUUUUCUUUCUUUUUAUUUAUUUUUGGUAGAAAGCUGUAAAGCCCUCUCAAGAGAGAUUAUUAUGUAGUCAGCAAAAUGCAAUAUUUCAACCAUAGUUUAUGUGAGUGAGUAA